AUGAGGUUUGUGUUGACGGAGGAGUGUCCUCCAGUUCCCAGUUCAACAACCACCCAAAAUGUUCGAGAUGUCUAUGAUAGAUGGGUGAGGGCGAACGAGAAAGCCUGGGUCUAUAUCUUAGCGAGUAUAUCUGAUGUACUCAACAAAAAGCAUGAGGUCAUGCUCACUGCCCGUGAGAUAAUGGCAUCAUUACAGGAGAUGUUCGGGCAACCGUCAUCUUCUGUUAGACAUGAAGCCAUCAAGUAUGUCUAUGUUACGCACAUGAAAGAUGGAAUCAACGUAAGAGAACACGUUCUCGAUAUGAUCGUUCAUUUUAAUGUUGCGGAGGCUCACGAGGCAAUGAUAGAUGAGACGAGUCAAGAACUUGAUGAGUUGAUCCGCCUACAUGUCUGCUAUAUCAAGAGUUACUCCACGUAUUGCUUGACGUAA